AAACAAUCAAUCCAACUCAUAUCUCUCUCUCUUAUACAUCUCUCUCGCUCUUGUCUGAGAAACAAAGAUGGAUAAAUCAUCAAUCCAGUGCUUUUUAUUCAUACUUCUCACCAUCAUCGUCACUUUUAUUUCAUGUUCGAAUGCUCAAAGAGAAGUUGAGGAUGAAAGUGAAUUUAGCUACGAGCAGAACGUAGAGAACGGGCCGGAGAAAUGGGGGAAACUGAAACCGGAAUGGAAAAUGUGCGGAAAAGGAGAGAUGCAAUCUCCCAUUGAUCUUAUGAACGAAAGAGUUAGAAUUGUUUCUCAUCUUGGAAGGCUUACUAGAAACUACAAACCUUGCAAUGUCUCUCUCAAAAAUAGAGGCCAUGACAUGAUGCUGAGAUUUGAAGAAAGGCCAGGAAGUAUUAAGAUCAAUGGUAUUGAAUAUCAACUCCUACAGCUUCAUUGGCAUUCUCCCUCUGAACAUACGAUCAAUGGAAGAAGGUUUGCUCUGGAACUACAUAUGGUUCAUGAAAGCAUUAACGGAAGUAUGGCUGUAGUCACAGUGCUUUACAAAAUUGGAAGAUCAGACUCGUUUCUCACCUUGUUGGAAAAUAAAUUGUUGGCGAUGACAGAUCAAAACGAGGCAGAGUUUAAUAUAGGAAUGAUUGAUCCAAAGGAGAUUAAGAUAGGGAGCAGAAAAUAUUAUAGAUAUGUUGGAUCACUUACCACUCCUCCGUGUACCCAAAAUAUCACUUGGACCGUCGUCAAAAAGGUAAGGACCGUGGCGAGAAACCAAGUGAGACUACUCCGAGUGGCUGUUCAUGAUGAUUCAAAUACAAACGCAAGGCCGGUUCAACCUACAAAUAAGCGCGUGGUGAAAUUAUACAGACCAAGAUCUUACUGAAUCCGAUACAAUACACUAUAUUCAUUUUAUUUUUACAAUAUUGUAUGUAUGCAAUACUAAAUAAAUGAUGUGUUUCUUGAU